AUGAACCCCCACCAGAAGAACAAGGUCGACAUCAGCUCGCUGUCGGCCGAGGAACAGCGCCUCUUCAGGCUGUAUGGCAAGCUGCCCAACAGAAAGGACCUCCUCCAAAACAAGCUGAAGGAACGCAAGUACUUCGACAGCGGUGACUAUGCCCUCUCCAAGGCCGGCAAGGCAGACGAUGUCGGCGUCACCCAGAUUGGCCGUGAGCAUCCCGUUCCUGAGAACAUCCCGCACAGCUCGUCGCCCCACAACGGCGCGGGUGCCGGCGGCAACGCCAACACCCCAACCCCUCAUAAUGGCGGCCAGAGCAGCAGCCCCGUUAAGGAGAACACGUUCCUGCAUCGCGAGACGAGCCUGAACCGCGAGACCACCGUUGACGAC